UAAAGGUAGCCGUGGUGCCGUUUCCGGUCCGGGUUAACGCGGUUUAGAUACGUUACUGAGACAAACGUGGUUUGUCUGGUGCUGGGACACACUUCUGGGGACCAGUCAGCGGGGUGGGGAGGCGAGAACUGGCGUCCGGACUCAGAAGUCUGAAGUCUACUGGGAAGAUCGGGAAAAGGGCCAGGAACCUGAGUACGAUCUAACCCCUGUUUCCGAGGGGGCAGCUUCCACCGGGGACCCCUCUGCUCUGGUAACGGCCAAAGAGGAGAUGGCGCCAGUCGGGGAGCGGCCGAGGACAACACAGUAAGGAAGCACGAAAGCGGAGCAACCGGAGAAGCCUCGGAGAAGAGCCAGAGUCGUCACUGCCGCCACCACCGCCCCUACCAUGGAAGGGGCAAAGCCAACAUUACAGCUCGUGUACCAGGCAGUGCAGGCGCUUUACCACGACCCAGAUCCCAGCGGAAAGGAGCGCGCCUCGUUUUGGCUCGGAGAGCUGCAGCGUUCGCCUCUUUGAAAUGUGCUGUUAGUGGGAGCUGCAGCUUCCUCCUGCUGACUCUGAGCCCCAGGCUUCGGUUGAAAUGGUCCUUUCAGAAAUGUGGAGCUUAGUCCAAGCCUGGAUUUCAGUGGGUAGCACCUGGCAUCUGUGGCUAGAAAGUCCUAUGAAGUGUUCAUGCAUGGGAAAUUUCAGACCAAUUGUUACAGAUCCGACAGGAUGUAGAAUCAUGCUAUUUUGCUGCACAGACCAUGAAAAUGAAGAUCCAGACCUCAUUUUAUGAGCUCCCCACAGACUCUCAUGCCUCUUUACGGGACUCAUUACUAACCCAUAUCCAGAACUUGAAAGACUUGUCACCUGUCAUUGUAACGCAGCUGGCUUUAGCAAUAGCAGACCUUGCCCUACAGAUGCCUUCCUGGAAGGGAUGUGUACAAACGUUGGUGGAAAAAUACAGCAAUGAUGUAACUUCUCUGCCUUUUCUGCUGGAGAUCCUUACAGUGUUGCCUGAAGAAGUACACAGUCGUUCCUUACGAAUUGGAGCUAACCGGCGCACAGAAAUUAUAGAAGAUUUGGCCUUCUACUCUAGUACAGUGGUAUCUCUGUUGAUGACCUGUGUAGAAAAAGUAGGAACAGAUGAGAAAAUGCUUAUGAAGGUCUUUCGCUGUUUGGGAAGUUGGUUUAACUUAGGUGUUCUGGAUAGUAACUUCAUGGCUAACAAUAAGUUAUUAGCACUCCUUUUUGAGGUUUUGCAACAAGAUAAGACCUCGUCCAACCUACAUGAAGCUGCUUCAGACUGUGUGUGCUCAGCUCUCUAUGCCAUUGAGAAUGUAGAGACGAACUUGUCAUUAGCAAUGCAACUGUUUCAAGGAGUCCUGACGUUGGAGACUGCCUAUCAUAUGGCUGUGGCACGUGAAGAUUUAGACAAAGUUCUGAAUUACUGCCGUAUUUUCACUGAACUAUGUGAAACUUUUCUUGAAAAAAUUGUUUGUACUCCAGGCCAAGGUCUUGGGGACCUACGAACUCUGGAACUGCUCCUUAUCUGUGCAGGACACCCUCAGUAUGAGGUAGUAGAAAUUUCCUUUAACUUUUGGUACCGACUAGGGGAGCAUCUGUACAAAACCAACGAUGAAGUUAUUCAUGGCAUCUUUAAAGCCUACAUUCAGAGGCUGCUUCAUGCCUUGGCUCGACACUGCCAGCUGGAACCAGACCACGAGGGGGUUCCUGAGGAGACUGAUGACUUUGGGGAGUUUCGAAUGAGGGUAUCAGACCUGGUGAAAGACUUGAUUUUCCUGAUUGGGUCUAUGGAGUGUUUUGCUCAGUUAUAUUCUACUCUGAAAGAAGGCAACCCACCCUGGGAGGUGACAGAAGCGGUUCUCUUUAUCAUGGCUGCUAUAGCAAAGAGUGUUGAUCCGGAGAACAAUCCAACGCUUGUGGAGGUCCUAGAAGGAGUGGUCCGUCUCCCCGAGACUGUGCACAUGGCUGUGCGGUACACCAGCAUUGAACUGGUUGGAGAGAUGAGUGAAGUGGUUGACCGAAAUCCUCAGUUCCUUGAUCCUGUAUUGGGCUAUUUGAUGAAAGGCCUGUGUGAAAAGCCUCUGGCUUCUGCUGCAGCCAAAGCCAUUCAUAACAUUUGCUCUGUCUGCCGAGACCACAUGGCUCAGCACUUUAAUGGACUCCUGGAGAUUGCCCGUUCCCUUGAUUCCUUCAUGUUGUCUCCAGAAGCUGCUGUGGGCUUGCUAAAAGGAACAGCACUUGUCCUGGCCAGACUACCAUUGGAUAAGAUUACUGAAUGUCUUAGUGAGCUGUGUUCUGUUCAGGUCCUGGCAUUAAAAAAGCUGUUGUCUCAGGAGCCCAGCAAUGGCAUAUCCUCAGAUCCCACUGUGUUCUUAGAUCGUCUUGCAGUAAUAUUUAGACACACCAAUCCCAUUGUGGAAAAUGGACAGACUCAUCCGUGCCAAAAAGUCAUACAAGAAAUAUGGCCAGUUUUAUCUGAGACUCUAAAUAAGCACCGGGCUGAUAAUCGGAUUGUAGAGCGUUGCUGCAGAUGCCUCCGCUUCGCUGUUCGCUGUGUAGGCAAAGGAUCCGCGGCCCUGCUGCAGCCACUGGUCACACAGAUGGUGAAUGUGUACCACAUACAUCAGCAUUCCUGUUUCCUGUACCUCGGCAGCAUCCUUGUGGAUGAGUAUGGCAUGGAAGAGGGCUGUCGGCAGGGAUUACUAGACAUGCUCCAGGCACUGUGCUUCCCCACCUUCCAGCUACUAGAGCAGCAGAAUGGGCUCCAGAAUCACCCUGACACCGUGGAUGACCUGUUCAGACUAGCCACCAGGUUUAUUCAGCGUAGCCCAGUCACCUUGCUGAGGAGCCAGGUAGUUAUCCCUAUCUUACAGUGGGCCAUUGCCUCCACUACCCUGGACCACCGGGAUGCCAAUUGUAGUGUCAUGCGGUUCCUGCGAGACCUCAUCCAUACAGGAGUAGCCAACGAUCACGAAGAUGACUUUGAAUUACGGAAAGAACUGAUUGGACAGGUGAUGAACCAGCUCGGACAGCAACUUGUAAGCCAGCUGCUCCACACGUGCUGCUUUUGUCUCCCCCCGUACACCCUCCCGGAUGUGGCCGAAGUGCUCUGGGAGAUCAUGCAGGUUGACAGACCGACCUUCUGCCGAUGGCUAGAGAACUCCUUGAAAGGUUUGCCAAAAGAAACAACUGUGGGCGCCGUCACAGUGACACACAAGCAACUCACAGACUUCCACAAACAAGUCACUAGUGCCGAGGAAUGUAAACAAGUGUGCUGGGCCUUGCGAGACUUCACCAGGUUGUUUCGAUAGCUCACGCUCCUGCACUGUGCCUGUCACCCAGGAAUGUCUUUUUUAAUUAGAAGACAGGAAGAAAACAAAAGCCAGACUGUGUCCCACAAUCAGAAACCUCCAUUGUGGCAGACGGGCCUUCACCGCCACCAGGGCGUCCCACCAGACAGGGAGAGACUCCAGCCUUCCGAGGCCAUCCCGAGGAGUUCCUGUUUGGGGUGCGAGGGAAGAUCAGCACAGUUUUUAAAAAGAUGGCUGCAGCUUGUCCGGCGUGGUGGGAGGGGAGCUGGUUUCCUGGUGAACUUGUUUCUAAAAGGAAAAAGAAUUUUACAGAAAUAAAAGAGGAAAACUAAACUGAAAAGCAGAAGUGAAACAUCCGCCUGGUAGCAGACGACACGCACACACACACACACACACGAACAUGCGUGUGCAUACGCAGUGACAAAAACAAGGCAAAUGGGAGUUCAAAUGAAUUAAAUAGCUGCAAUUGGAAGAAAAGGGUCAGGAUCACCUCUUAAGGUUUUUUAUCGUGUUUCAUCCUUUCUCUCUCUCUCUCUCUCAUCUUCCCUUCUUGUUUCCCCUUCUCUUUUAACAGAGUAGAAAUUUCUCCCAUUCUCCCCAGCUGUUUCUUGCCACCUUUAGAGUUGUUUGAACAGGGAGGGGUAAACAAGGAGCCUUUUCUGUUUUGUAUCAUGGUCACGUCAGUGAUACUGGGACCGGCAGGGCCAAAAUCCAUGUGCGUCCCCACCCCGGCUGUCCCCGCCUCGGCUGUCCCAUUCAGUCUCUCCGCCCACUUCCGCUCCGUCGGGUCGGUCAGCCUGGAAGAGGAGGCCGGAGUUGGCGGUGAGUGGGACGUGAAUAUAUGGUCUAAGUUUUAGUUUGAGUUUCUUUUAAUGUGUCACCCACGGACAUGAGAGAACAGAAGAGAUUGGGAACGUGGGACGUGUUUACAGGGCUAAACUGUAUUUUACUUAAAAAUGUGGAAAUUAUUUGACCUCAUGGGGAUGAGGUGGGAGCGUAAAGCCCAAAGCAGAUCUUACUGUUCUUUCAAGUCGCAGCCCUGCACAGGCAUUACGUAUGAGUGCACUGUUCUGGCUGGUGUUGUAGCCAUCUCAAGAACAAAUCAGCAAUGGAAAAAAAAAAAAAGAAAAGAAAAAAAUAAAUUUUUAAAGUUU